AUUAAUGAGCAGCCAUGGAAUCGGAGAUGACCACUCGUGGGAUUUUCUAUCUGUCGCUCACUGUAUUGGGUGUCCCUGGCAACAGUGUCGUGAUCUGGGCAUUUGUACAGCUCUCUUUCUGUGCAGGUCACCUCCUUCCAGCUGACGCCAUCGUGCUGCAUCUGGCCUUUGCCAACUUGAUGGUGGUGGGCGUGCGAUGUCUUCUGGAAACCCUCGCCACUUUCGAGGUAUACAAUGUCUUCACGGAUGCUGGAUGCAAGGCCGUCAUAUUUGUGUAUCGCACGUCUCGUUCACUCUCCAUUUGGCUAACGUUUGUGCUCAGCGUGUAUCAGUGCCUUAGCACGGCUGCUCCCGGCUCACGCUGGGCCGCCGCACGUGUUGUCAUGGGCAAGAACCUGGCCGUGAUCUUCCUGCUGCUCUGGCUUCUCAACACAUCCAUGAGCUCCGCGGCCAUCCUCUUUUCCCUAAGUUCGAGUGGUAGCAAUUCAACUGUCAUGAAAAACAAUAUAAAUGUGCGGUUCUGCUUCGUGCGCUUUCCCUCAAAGCUUUCAGUGGACGCUAACGGAGCAGCCCAAGUGGGUAGGGAUCUUGUGCCAAUAAUUCUUAUGGCCACAGCAAGCAUCAUCAUUUUGGUUUUCUUGUAUCGUCACAGCCACCAAAUCAAAAACAUCCGCAGGAAUGCCAACAACAGCGGAGGAGGCCCUACAGCCGAACGGAGGGCCGCCAUCACUGUGGUGGUCCUGGUGAUGCUCUAUGUGACAUUUUACGGAGUGGAUAACGGCUUGUGGGUGUACACACUAACUAAGACCAUGAGCUCCUCCAUAGUGUCAGACCUGCGUAUCUUCUUCUCCUCCCUGUAUGCAGCCGUCAGCCCCUUUGUCAUCAUCGUGUCUAACAAGAAAGUCAACAGGCUUUUGAGGUGUCGGCCCGGAGACAGGUUUCUGCAAGGUCCUGCAGAAAGCAGAUGA